CACCUGUAACUUAUUCUCUCCUUCCAGCAGACAUUGAGAAGCAAAAAAAUCAAAGAAGACGGAGAGUGAGAAGAAAGAAAGUGGACCAAGUAUAAGCUCAAUUAGUGAGGAGAAAAGAAAGAGCAUCAGAGAGGGGGAUCAUGGAGGGCAGCGAUGGCAUGGGUGUGGAGGGAACAGACUCACGGCUCUACCAGAUGAUCAAGAACGAAAUACUGGAUGGGGAGUCAAUGGACGGGGAGGACCAGGAGGAAGAGGAGCAGCAGCAGGAUGAUGACGAUGAUGACACAGAGGCCAAGACUCUCGAUGACCACAGGAGGGUGAACCAGCAGCAGCAGGAACAAGUACCACUUAAACACGAGGAAGAUGAUGAGGAGAUAGGAGUCCCAGGAGGAGGAGGGGGAGGAAGAGAAGACCUACUACUGAAGGAGGACUCCAUGGACGCAGCAUCAUCAACAGCAGUGGCGGCAGCAACGGCACAACUGGAGAUGCACCAGCAGCAGUACAUGCUUCUGGAGCAGCAGCACCUCAAGUCAGAGCACCAGGAGGAGGAGGACCAGCACAUGGAUUACCAGUACCAGGUGCCUCCCCCACCACCCCCUCCACCUCAGGAGGACACUUCCGCCCACCCUCCACCUCCAGAACACCUCCAGCCAGACCUGAGUGACACACCGCAGCACCAGGAGCUCCAGCAGGAUGAAGAUGCAGCGGUGAAGGCGGCGGUGUCGGCCAUAACGUCUGCCGCCGCCGGCAUGACGGAGGACAAGGGGGGGUUGGCCGGCACCAAGCGGCCGGCCAGUGACGGCGGCCUGUCUGAGGAGGAGCCAGCAGCCAAGAAGCGCUCCAAUGAGGUGGACAAGCUGUGGAAGAACGUCAACGACAACCCCAAUGACUUCCAGGCGUGGACACUCCUGCUUCAACACAUAGACCAGGUGAGUGACCUGGAGUCUGGUCGGGAGGCAUACAACGGGUUCUUUGAGCGCUACCCCUACUGCUACGGCUACUGGAAGAAGUACGCUGACCUGGAGCGCCGGAAGGGCACCUGGGAGACCUGUAGCAAGGUCUUUAAUCGCGGUCUGGAGGCCAUCUGUCUGAGUGUGGACCUGUGGCUGCACUACCUCGAGUACAUGAUGUCCCAGCACCCGGACGACGACGCCAAGGUGCGGGCAGAGUAUGAGCGCGCCGUGGACACCUGUGGCCUGGAGUUCAAGUCAGAUAAGCUGUGGGAGGCUUACCUCAAUUGGGAGAGCACUGGCAAGCGCUGGAAGAAUGUGACCCAGCUGUACGAGCGGCUGCUGGCCACGCCCACCUCCCGCUACGCCCAGCACUGGCAGCGCUUCCAGGAGCAUGUCCGCAAGCACAUGCCCAGCGAGGUGAUUGGCGUGGAGGAGUUCCUCACCCUGAGGCGCGAGGUGCUGGCAGAACUCAACCGCUCAGACAUCGAGACUCCUGAUGAGGCACCGCCAGGGGUGGAGGCGGCACCCGGCGAUGACCAGCUCGGCACUAAUGUGCAAGAUGAGGAGACCAAGUUGCUGCAGAAGAGCAUCAUCGCAGCGAGACAGAAGCUGCACGAGGCCACUGUGGCGGAGGUGAAGCUGCGCUGGGGCUACGAGGACGCCAUCAAGCGGCCGUACUUCCAUGUCAAGCCACUGGAAAAGAGUCAGCUGUCCGCCUGGCGCACCUACCUGGACUUUGAAGUGAAGCAGGGGGACCAGGCCAGGAUCAGGGUGCUCUUUGAACGCUGCCUCAUCGCCUGCGCCUUCUACGAGGAAUUCUGGAUGAGGUACAUUCGCUACCUGGAGGAGAAUGAAGGGUCGGAGGACGAAAUCCGCUCCGUGUACAACCGAGCAUGUGUCAUUCAUCUGAGGGAGAAGUUCAGGCCACACCUGUCCUGGGCAGCCUUUGAAGAGGAAAAAGGCAAUGCUGAGAGAGCCCUGGAGAUCCUGGAGGGGCUGCAGCAGGGCAGCACCCCAAGCCUUGAGGCAUACAUGCAGGCAGCCGGUGUUGAGCGACGGCGUGGCAACCUGGCCGGGGCAAGGCAGGUGUUUGAGCGCUGCCUCGCCAUCCUCCUCGAAGAGCCGGACAAAAACAUUCACUCGCAUGUCUCCAUUAAGUUUGCGAGAUUCCUCACCAUGUUUUGCCGUGAGCUUGAGAAGGCACUUGAGGUGUUGAGGGAAGCACAUGAGUUUAACAAGGAGAACAGCAAUGUAGUGUUGGCCAUAGUGGACCAGACGCUGCUGUUUGACCCUCCGCGCAUCGACGAGGCGGUGGCGGCACUCAAGGAGGGCAUCCAGACCUCCCAGCAGCCCGGCACUCAGCUGCUCUUUGCCCACCGACUCUUCCACUUCAUGUCUGAGUGUGGCCAAGACCCUGGCAGUAUGAGUGAGGGUCUGAAGGUGCUGCGGCAGGUACAGCAUGAGGUGCGGCAGAUAGACACGAGCAUACCCGAGAUGGACACCAGCGGCACCCCCACCAAGCAGGAGGAGGCCAUGUCCGGCGGCAUCUCUGUCAUUGAGUCGCGACGAGACAAGCGGCUCACUCAAGACAAGUCCAGCCCUGGCCCUGUCAACGGCACUACGUCCACUGCUGGAGCCAAUUCUCUAGCCACAGGUGCCAGCCAGUCCUCCAUGGUGCCAGGCUACCAGGGGUACCAGCAGCAGGGCUAUGGGGGUGGCUAUGGGCAGGGCUAUGCAGCACAUGGCUAUGGAGCGUCACACUACCAGAAUUGGGGCUACCCGACACAGCAGGGGAACUAUGGAGGGAUGGACCAUUAAGAAACAUGAUCCCCGCUGCUACCGGGCUAAAGAUUGAGAGAGGAAGUGGAAGGGAACAGCAGAAUUGUUAUCAGCAUUACAGCAAUUGCUGCAGCCGUUAUUGUUUUAAGGCUAAUAGAUUACACCCUGCAGCACUACUUGGAGUUUCUUUGUAUAAUGGCAAAAUGGCAGGCACGGUUGUUGACAAUGCUCUUGAUUGCUAUCAUUAUGCUGUCAUUGUUCUGUAGGUUCUCAAUUUGACAAGUGUGCUUACUUGUGCAGCAUUUUGUACAUUUGCUUCUUGUUAGUUUCUUCUUUAUAUUUCUUUUCAUUUCGUGAUCCAUAAAUGGUUAUCACAUGAGUUUUUAUUAUUAUUAUUAUUAUUAUUAUUAUUAUUAUUAUUAUUAUUAUUAUUAUUAUUAUUAUUAUUACCAUUGUUCACUGGGGCCCAUAAUAAUCAUAACUCACAUUUGUGAAAGUCUGGUUUGAGGGGGGGAAGAGAGAGAGAGAGAGAGAGAGAGAGAGAGAGAGAGAGAGAGAGAGAGAGAGAGAGAGAAUGUCCAACUGAAUCAUGAAUCAUCAUUAGUAAUUUUAAGUGCUUUUGUUCUUGUGUUGCUUUGACUUUAGCAAGGUUGUGUGCUCACACAGGCUGGGUGUGCAGAGCCUGUGUGUGCUUAUCGAGACCUUUGUGUCCAUUUUGAUUCAGCGUUUGAUCUGUGUGAGUUUUGGAUGGAAAAAAAGACAUACAUGUGUGUGUGUGUGUGUGUGUGUGUGUGUGUGUGUGUGUGUGUGUGUGUGUGUGUGUGUGUGUGUGUGUGUGCGCACUACACUUGAGGGGCCAGUAUAUGUAUGCAUAAAUCAUAAAAUGUCACUUUUGAGGUGUGUGAGUCAUUUUUACAUCACUAACAAAAUGUUAAGAUGAUCAAAGAGAAGACAGAGUAUCAUAGAAUUAGGCAUUAACAUUGAACACAAGACCACGUUUUGGCCUGCCGAUUGGUUUGCACAUAUUUAUCUGGUGUUGGUUGUGUGCGCCCUCAUUGGCAGAGGCCUCAGCCACUGGCCUGGCCCUGCACCCUCGACGGUGCGCCCCAGUGGUGGAGGACUCGUCCAGUCAGGAACAGGCAAGUACCUGGGUGUUAGUGGGAUCACGUUUUAAUGAGUGGACUUUUGCACACUGCAUCUCUUUUACUAAUUUGUUCAUGGUGUGUGCAUGUCUGUUUUGUUUGUGUGUGUGUAUAUAAGUGUGUAUGUGUUUUUAUUAGUGUGUGUACAUGGACAUUGCAUUGUGUAUGGGCCAUAAUCUGACAAAGUUGCCUUGUUUCUAGUUUGUAACAUUUGUUUAUGUUGAAACAACGAAAAUGGAUGAAUGGCUCAUUCUUUCUUUGCAUUUCUACCUUCCAGUUCUGAAAAAGGCAAAGGAAGAAAGUCUUGGGUUAUGAAAGAGGCAAUUGUUUUAAGUCUGUAUUAAGAUGACAUAUUGACAUUUUUAAAUUGUUUCUUUCUUUAUGAGAGAUGUCUGCCCAAUUGACAACAUUGUAUACACAGUAUGUAGAUGCGCAUACAUAUGUAUGUAAAAAGUAAAUUGCAUUUUUUGUAA